AGGCUAUCACGUGAUCUGCCCUCGUGAGCUACUCACCAAAACUGGAGGCCGAAGUACUACUAUAUAAACUGGCUCUACCUUACCGUCUUAUAGCUCAACCUUACCGUUAGCGAGAGUUCAACCUACAGCUCUACCCUCUCAACCUACCAGCUCUACCGUCUCAACCUACCAGCUCUACCGUCUCAACCUACUAUACCAUCUCUCUCAACAAAACAGCCCAGAAGUCAAGAGCAGUCAGUCUAGCCUCUACUCACUUUCCUCCAUCUCCCUUUCCUUCUCUCAACCAGUUCCGUGGAGCAAGUAGAUCUAUGUCGAUGCCGAAGAAACCGUCGCAUUUCCACAAUACUCGCUUGUCAUCAGCAGUUGCACCUAUACCAUCCAGAUCGUCUACCGCCAUAGACGGGGAAAAAUCUUCCUCAAGUUCUUUUUCUAGAGCGAUUGAUCUGAACUUGUAUGGCUACUACCUGUUGGGGGGGGGGGAAAAACAAGGUAUUGAGAUAAAAACCUACUCACUAUGGGACAUUUUCAAAGAGCUGAACUUGAAGAGUGUUGAUCAUAAUCUUGAGCAUGUUGAUUAUAUGAUAGCCAACAGCAUGUCAGUGUCAAAAGGAAAUAGCGACUCUGUAGGUAAAGUGUGCUUCGAAAAGAUCUUAGAGGAUUGUCGAUUGAGCGGUGACUGGAUGGUCCUGAAAACCGUUGCUCUACCACUACCUGAUUCUGACAAUCAAGCCGACAUAGUAUCAUCAAAUUUAAAGCUACCCGAUAUACAAAUAGUAAAAAAAUCAAACUUUAAGGAAAUCUCACAGGUCGCAGAAAUUCAAUCCUCUCUAAUGUUAUGGACAGAGAGAAAGUCUGUUCUAGUCGCGACGGACCUAUUAAGGAAUCUACGAGAAAAUACAGAACUAGAUUACGUUGAAGUAUUUGCUUUACCAAAUUUAACAAACAAGCAAUGCAUCACUUCAAUAAAAGUCAGCAUCAAAAGCCUGACAUUUCUGGUCACUCUCAAACGUUUUCCAGAAAUCAAACAAGGUAUUGAAUACAUGAAGUCCCAAAUUAAACUGAAGUGCAGUCAAGUUUUACCAAUUACGUCGAUUGUGCGCCACCUCGUAAAGCUGACCAAGAUUGAGUUACAUAAUGCUGCUGCUCUGGUUGCUUCUGAAGCUGGUGCUACUUUUGUGGAAUAUCAACCACCCAAGCAGCUGUAUUCAACCUCUCACAUUCUUUUUCUCUCCAAGAAUACUGUGUACAAAGUAAUUCAUACCCUUGCUGAAAAAGAUUCAAUUAUGAUAGUCCAAAAAGCAUUCGGUAGAACAGCACCUACGCUGACUGUUAAUGUCCAGACAUGUUCACUUGCGCCGAUGAUUGUCGAGUACACCUAUGUUCCGUACCAUUGCUUUAGCAAGGAAGAAGCUCGAUUGUGCUUCAAAGAGUUCAUGCUUUGUGUGAAGGCCGCGCUUGAUGAGCUGCAUGGCAUGAAUAUUGCGCACAACGAUGUGCGAAUGGAGAACGUUUUGUUUUCUUCAAAUUUCACACCAGUUUUUAUCGACGUAGAUAGGGCCUCGCUAUCAGAUCCAACCGAAUUCGCACAUGGCUUAUUUAGAACCAUAACACACAGCUGCAUGUACAACCUCGACCACUCUACAUGGAGAGACGACGGUGCCAGGACUGACCUGUUCCAGCUGGGCUGGAUGGCGGCCCGGAUAUUGAAUACCAGCACCAGCUCUAGCUCGUACCACUCACGAGAAUGGAGAACGGAACCAGAUGAAAUUCGAACCAACAAGUUCGUUGAGUCCCUGAUCACGUCCGGGAAGUUUAAGAGUGAAUUGUUGGAGGAUUGCGUAUCGGAAGUGAAGACAAUUGAACAAGUGUUGUUAGCUCGUUAAUUGUGUGAUUAUGCUCACUUUAAUAGAGUCUCAAGUUGUAAAUGAUCCUUCUUGUAUAUAUGGAUGAACAAUUCAGUGUAGGACGUGGUAGGAUGUAUGAUAGGGUACUUUAGGAUGGAUGGCUUAACAAUCCAGUGUAGGACGAAGAAUUAAGGUUGUAGUAGGAUGGGGUAGGAUGCACAAUCCGUGUAUGACGUGGUAGGAUGUGUGAUAAUAGAUUAUUAUUUUAUUGAUUCAGCUGCAUACCAGCAUCAUAUCAGCAGCGUCCCCUUUUUAUGCACAUUGUUUUGUGCCGUACAACACCUCCUCAAGAAAAGUAUUAAUGGGUGUAACACAAUGGAUGUAUAUCAACCGGUUCAGGAUCCCGAGUUACAUGUAUGAUAGACAACAUUUUGAUCGCGAAUCAACCAUAUAAUUAUGCAUGUUCACACAGUCAAUAAUUGCAAUUAUCUGAGGAACAAUAAUCAAGACUUGGUGACAAUCAAGACUGUCAGAGGCUUCUCUUUUGCUGCCAACUUAAAAUUAAAUGAAAAAUAAAACCAUCAAGAAGUCCACUAGUUUGAGGCAAUAACCAUGAUCAUUCACACGACAAGAUACAUAAUACACCAUGUAACUUUCUUAAUUGUUUUCACUUUUGAUGAAUCAGUUGUACGAAGUUUCUAUAUAUACUAGGCUGGUGAGCGUACAUUUCAAUUUCCAAUUCAUUAAGUAUAAUUACAUACACUUGGAGACAGCAAAACACUCCACAGCACUGCCAGUUGCUUUCUAAGUGUAAAACGAGUGGGAUCAAACCGAACAACAUUAACAAAAACUUACACGAUAAAAAUGAUUAUUACAGCUAUAAUUAUGAUUAGUUUAGCACUCUAAUCAGACAGUCUUAGAUGGAGAGAAGCUGGUGAGGCAUACAAGAGUGUAUAUAUAGCCGGAACAGCCAAUAACAUUUACGAGGGCGGUGACGUGUAGGGGUGUAGAGAGGAGGGGUAUUCUUCGGUAUUCUUCUGUCUUCUUUUCUUCAGCGUACUCAGUAAGUUUUGGCUUGCGAGGUAUUGCUAUAUAAAAUAUAGAUGAAACAGCAUUUGUAGUAGUUAAAUAUCUCGGGCCUACAGGCCCUUCACCACAAUCUACUACCGGGCCAAUAACAAUUGUGAGGUAAAAAUAGGUGACUACACAUUCAUGCACACAAAAGCUAUACAUCCACCUGAUCCAAAACUAAUGCUCUUGGGGUGAUCACCAAUCAUAAGGGAAUGUAUGCCUAAAAUUAAAAUUUCUGUAACGCUUAGCAUAUUCCCAAAAAAGGGAUCUUUAGUGGUGCUCUUUAAUUCAACUUUUUUCUAGCACUAAAUUCGCAUAGUUCGAAGAGGUUCGGAGGAGUUGAACCACACUGAACACCCUCACGAAGUGUAAGUUGUAGUAGGAUGAGGUCUCCUAUCUUAUCGGACCCCAUCCUACCACGGAAGGAUGAACAAUCCAGUGUAGGACUGGUUUGUUCAGCCAUCCUACCUUGUCGUACAUCUUCUUCUUCUUUGUCGCCUCCGCGAAUCACUUGUCAUCAUUGUCAAAAGUAGGAUGGGGUAGGAUGGGUAUGUAUGAUAGGGUACGGUACUUUUGACAAUGAUGACAAGUGAUUCGCGGAGGCGACAAAGAAGAAGCCCUAGCCACGUGUCAGAAGUGAUCCUAGAUCGAUCGCAGCUACUUCUUUUUCCUAGCUCCUACAGUGUCUUCUCAUCCUACUAGCCAUCCUACUUCACAUUUCACAUCCUACUGAUCCUACGUGUGUCUUCUACCACGAUGGACAGUGAUCCUCGGCCUCAGAACACUCUGAACAGUGGAAGCAGUGAUGGCAAAAUCAACGGAUUUGUUGGCAAAAGGGGGAAGCCGUAUGCCAUUCCUGUUGUGAAGGAUGUUGACAAUAAAACCAUAACAACACUGACGCCCAACCAUCGUGUUCUCCCAAGCAGCAACUAUUCUAAGUUCAGUGAUAUAACUCCAAUUAAUUUGAGAAAGGAAAUAAUGAGGAAAAGCAAAGCUGCCGAGCUAGUGAGGAGUUUAGUUAGAGAGACCGUAGGCAGUGAAACACCCAGUGGGACACCCAACCUAGGCAGUGGGACACCCAAGAUCAACGAUACCCUAGGCAGUGGGACACCCAACCUAGGCAGUGGGACACCCAAGAUCAACGAUACCACCCAAACUGAAGAAGAGACGGGCCAAGUGCAGAGAGAGAUGGUGGAGGCAACCACCCAAACUGAAGAAGAGACGGACCAAGUGCAGAGAGAGACAGUGGAAGGAGACAUUGAUGACUCACCUCUCACCCCAACAACCAAGCCAUCCAGCCCAUAUCAGGACAUUGAUGACUCACCUCUCACCCCAAAAACCGAGCCAUCCAGCAGCUUCUGCCGUCAAGACCCAUAUCAGGAGUACUCUGAACAGGCCAGGCUGCAAGAGUCCGACUCGACCCCUACUCUAAAGAAGAGAUGUCUGCGAGAGAUACAGGAGGGUCGGCCGCAGAGUUCUAACCACAACCUCACUUCAGAGGAGGAUUCUGACCUGAAACAGGAGAGUGCCUUCGACCCAUGGCCGACUUCUAACCACAGCCUCAGUUCAGAGGAGGAUUCUGACCUGAAACAGGUAAAUAAAUCACAGUAUGAAAGUUAUGUGCAUCUUAGUAGGAUUACUACAGAAAAUUAG